AUGGAGAUUGAGAAACUCUCGCGUAUUGGAGAGACGCUAGGCCUCAGUGGCAGUGAGUUGCAGGGUUUCAUUAAGGAACAACAAGAAAUCGCUAGAGCGGAGCGCGCUGAAUCGCGUUCUAGGGCGAAGGAGGAAAGUGAAUUAGUGGCUCUACAGUUGGAACUUGCUAAAGCCCAAGUUGCGAAUGUAGAUAGUAAUGAGGAAACUGCGCGUACUGUCAUACCCCCUAAGUUGCCUAAACUACCAGUUUUUGCGGAAGAUAAGGAUAGGUUAGAUGCUUAUCUGGGUCGUUUUGAAAGGUACGCUACUGCACAACAGUGGCCACAAAGUGUUUGGGCUAUCAAUUUAAGUGCACUGCUUUCAGGUAAGGCAUUAGAUACAUAUUCUAGACUGUCGGAUUUUGAUGCACAGGAUUACCAAGUGCUAAAGUCAGCAAUUCUAAAACGAUAUUCUUUGACUAGUGAUGGGUAUAGAAAGAAGCUACGUACGGCUCGCCCAGACAGUGGGGAGACAGCCGCACAAUUUGUACACAGAUUACAGGGUUAUCUCGACAAAUGGUUAGAACUUUCUGAGUUGACGAAGACAUUCGAAGAUUUAGCACAGGUUGUACUUAUGGAGCAGUUCUACUCCAGUAGUCCCAGAGAAUUAGUUGUGUUCAUAAAGGAACAGAAGCCAAGAACAUUGGCAGAAUUGGUGAAAGCUGCUGAUCGAUAUGUGGAUGCUAGGUCAGGAUGGACUAGUGGUAAGUCUCAGCAGAGUCAGCCAUCUCCUACUCCCAAGUAUAAUCCAAGUCGAACUAACAAUGCAGGUAAUUCGAAGCCUACAGAUGGAUUGCCAAGGCAAGGAAUUCCUAGACCAUUAUGCUUCUUCUGUGGAAAGCCUGGACACAAAUACAGGGACUGCACAAAGCGCAUCAGGAAGGAGAAGCUGGCUGCUGGCAUCGUACAGAUGAAUGACGACGAGCAAGGUAUCUCCCAAGGGAAAAGUUCGUCAGAUCAACGGCGUAAGGACGGUACAGCCGGCAAGAAGAUCGAAGGAUCAGACCCAAUAGAAGGGGACAUUGAGAAGGGUUGUCUCCUCAUUCGAUUCGAUCAAAUGAAUAAUGACGAGCUGCCAACCGUUAGUGCUGCUUGUGGAGCCAAGCUGGUUACGGACAUGCCCGUUGUGGAAGGUCUCCUCAACGAGACGCGAGUGGAGGUGCUACGUGAUAGUGGAUGCUCUACUGUUAUUGCGAAGAAAGAUCUCAUCAGGAAAGAACAGUUCACUGGCCAGGUGAAAUAUUGCCUCCUGAUUGAUCGCUCUGUGAGGAAAUUUCCUGUCGCUAUUGUAUUUGUGGACACCCCAUUCUAUACUGGUGAGGUGGAAGUAUUAGUUGUUGAGAAUCCCCUCUAUGACUUGAUACUAGGUAACGUCGCUAAUGUCAGAGACGCGAGUGAUCCAAAACCAGAUUGGAAGUCCUCUAAGGAGGAAGGUCUCGCAGUUCAGACGAGACAACAGCGCCGGCAAGCUGAUAAACCCUUGCGAAAACUAAUUGUUCCUGGCCAAGUCGAUGGUGUGUCGGCGGAACAGUUUCGCAGAGAACAGGAAGUGGAUCCGUCACUUAACGGACUUCGUGAGAAGAUCACCUCAGGUGACGAGAAAGUCAGUCUCACAGGGAACAAGUCAAAGUUCAUCAUGAAAACCAACUUGAUGUAUCGACAAUUCUCUACGAGAGAGCCUGAUGAGACUACGCUGCAGCUAAUUGUCCCCGAGAAAUACCGAAGACAGGUCUUAUUACUAGCCCACGAGUCAAUUUUAGGUGGACAUCUCGGUGCGAAGAAGACAAUUGACAAGAUUAGUGCUCACUUCUAUUGGCCAGGAGUGCAGGCCGAUACUAGACGCUACUGCCGUUCAUGUGAUGAAUGUCAGCGUUCACUGCCCAAGGGCAAAGUUACCAAAGUGCCUCUUGGUUCAACGCCUCUUAUCGACGAGCCAUUCAGGCGUAUCGCCGUUGACAUCGUCGGACCAAUUGCACCCAUUACGUCAAAAGGGAACAGAUACAUCCUCACAAUAGUGGACUACGCAACGCGAUAUCCAGAAGCAGUAGCCUUAAGGAAUAUCGACACCCCCACUGUCGCUGAGGCUCUACUUAGUGUAUUUUCCCGAGUCGGUUUUCCAAGAGAGAUGCUUACAGAUCGUGGACCCCAGUUCACUUCUGAAUUGAUGAAGGAGGUGAGCAGAUUACUAUCCAUCCGCCAUCUUACUACCACACCGUACCAUCCAGCGUGUAAUGGUCUGGUAGAACGGUUCAAUGGGACAUUGAAGUCCAUGUUGAAGAAAAUGUGUGAAGAAAGACCAAGUGAUUGGGAUCGUUACAUAGAUUCUCUCCUUUUUGCAUACAGAGAAACUCCACAGGACAGUACAGGUUUCGCACCGUUUGAGUUGCUGUAUGGAAGAGACAUCAGAGGACCACUCAUGAUCCUGAGAGAGCUUUGGUCCAAUGAUGAGGCUUUGCCAGAGACCAAGACCGCAUACCAAUACUUGAUUGAUCUGAGAGAGAAGAUGGAGAAGACCUGCGAGAUAGCAAGACGGGAGCUCGUGAAGUCGCAUGAUCGUUACCGGAAGAACUACAACAGGAAGGCCAGAUCUAGGACGUUCAAGGUAGGCGAUGAAGCACUGUUGCUUCUCCCUACUGACCGAAACAAGCUCCUAAUGCAUUGGAAAGGACCUUUUCGGGUUGUAGGUGUCGUCGGUAAGCUUGACUACCGCAUCGACACAGGACAUCGUGUGACCACGUUCCACGCAAACCUUCUAAAGAAGUAUCCCCGCAGGGGUGAUGAACGCCAACAGACUAACGAGGAGUCUGACAAUGAUAUGGAUGUCGUCGGAAGUACCACGACUCCUAUGGAUAUAGCUGCUACAUCCGUCGUCAAUGACUAUGAGGAAGACGGAGAAGACCCGUCAGAUGAUCCAAAUCCUGACAAACCAAUCAAGAAGGAUCUACUACAUAGUCCUAGUCUGAAACAGACGCAGACACACAAAGAUGUUGUCAUUAACCCGGAGCUCAAUGAUGACCAGAAAGUUGAACUUCAGUGUCUUCUGAAGAAGUACUCUGAUACUCUGAUUGAUGUCCCCGGUGUAACCAAAGUCGGACAUCACGACAUCGUACUUUCUGACUCUAGGCCGAUCAAGAGCAGACCCUAUCCUCUCCCUCAUGCUAUGAGAGAGACUGUCAACAAAGAAAUCAAAGAGAUGUUGAAGUUAGGCGUCAUAGAAUCGUCAUCUUCACCAUAUGCAUCGCCUGUAGUCAUCGUUACCAAGAAAGACGGUUCAAACAGAUUCUGCUGUGACUACAGAAAGCUGAAUCUAGUGACAGUUAAAGAUGCAGAACCAAUCCCCGACCAGGAUGAGAUAUUUGCAAAACUCGCCAACGAUUACUACUUCUCAAAGAUAGACUUGACGAAAGGGUAUUGGCAAGUGCCUCUUACGAAUCAAGCCAAGCCCCUUACUGCCUUUGUGACUCCUGAUGGAUUGUACCAAUUCUGUACAAUGCCUUUCGGUCUGGUAAAUGCUCCAGCAACAUUCUCCCGUGUAAUGAGAUCAGUUCUUCGAGGAGUGCCAUGUGUAGUCAACUUCAUAGAUGACAUCCUAAUACAUACCAGGUCAUGGGAACAUCAUCUUGAAGUACUUGAGGAAGUUCUUCGUCUACUCAGCAAGGCCAACUUGAAGGCAAAACCAAGCAAGUGUUUCCUAGGUUUCGAGACCAUCGAGUUCCUCGGUCAUCAGGUGAGCAAGGGGUGUUUGAAGCCGAAUUUGGACAAGAUUGAUGCUAUCGUGAAUGCACGUCGCCCACAGUCCAAGAAACAACUUAGGUCCUUUUUGGGUCUGGCUGGGUACUAUCGGAAGUUUGUCCCGAAUUUCUCUGCCAUCGCAGUGCCCCUCACCGACAAGACAAAGAAAAGAUUGUCAAACGACGUGAUGUGGGAGGAAGCACAGGAGCUAUCAUUUCAGACUUUGAAGUCCUUGCUCUCUGCUGCACCCAUUCUUCAUCUCCCGGAUGUUGAGAAGCCUUUCAUCCUACGAACGGAUGCAUCUGACACAGGAGUCGGUGCAGUCCUCAUGCAAGAGGAUGAAGGCAAGAAAUUCCCUGUGGCUUACGCAAGUAAGAAGCUCCUACCACGCGAGAAGAAUUACUCAACCAUCGAGAAAGAAUGCCUUGGAGUUGUUUGGGCGGUCCAGAAAUUUGAGCCCUAUCUAUACGGAAGAGAGUUCGUAUUGGAAGUCGAUCACGAGCCACUUAGAUCCAUGAAGAAAGGAAAGAUGGCUAACGGACGUGUUCUGAGGUGGUCACUUGCCCGGUGGAGUCACUCAAUGUGA